CUUCCAGCCUGGGGGAGUUGGGUCUUGGGCUGAUCUAGGAUCCCGGAGGCGAGAGGCUCACAUCCGAGUCCCACUUUGAACGGAGACCAUGAAGCAGCGCCCUGCGGAUAGUUUUAGGGACCAUCCGGACAAUUCAGACACUUUGCACACGUACUGAAUGAGCCGGUCGGGAUGGCAGGAGGGCGGAGAGGACUGGUGGCUCCACAGAAUACUUUUCUAGAGAACAUUGUAAGACGAUCAAACGACACCAACUUUGUUCUGGGGAAUGCCCAGAUUGUGGACUGGCCCAUCGUGUACAGCAACGAUGGCUUCUGCAAGCUGGCCGGCUACCACCGGGCUGAGGUCAUGCAGAAGAGCAGCACGUGCAGCUUCAUGCACGGGGAACUCACCGACAAGGAAACGUGCGAGAAAGUCCAACAAACCUUUGAAAACUAUGAGACAAAUUCAUUUGAGAUUCUUAUGUACAAGAAGAACCGGAUGCCAGUGUGGUUCUUCGUCAAAAUUGCCCCCAUAAAGAAUGAACAGGACAAAGUGGUACUAUUCCUGUGCACCUUCAGUGACAUCACAGCCUUCAAGCAGCCUAUCGAGGAUGAUUUAUCUAAAGGGUGGGGCAAGCUAGCCCGCCUUACCCGAGCCCUGACGAGCAGCCGGGGGGUCCUACAGCAGCUGGCCCCCGCUGUCCAGAGGGGCGAGAAUGUGCACAAGCAUUCACGCCUCGCUGAGGUGUUGCAGCUUGGGUCAGACAUCCUCCCACAGUACAAGCAAGAAACACCAAAGACCCCCCCUCACAUAAUCCUGCACUACUGCACGUUCAAGACCACCUGGGACUGGGUUAUCCUCAUCCUCACCUUCUACACUGCCAUCAUGGUGCCCUAUAACGUCUCCUUCAAAACCAAACAGAACAACGUGACCUGGCUGGUGGUGGACAGCAUUGUGGAUGUGAUAUUUCUGGUGGACAUUGUGCUCAAUUUCCACACCACCUUUGUGGGGCCUGCAGGGGAGGUGAUAUCGGACCCUAAACUCAUCCGGAUGAAUUAUGUUAAGACCUGGUUUGUCAUUGACCUGCUGUCAUGUCUACCCUACGAUGUCAUCAACGCCUUUGAGAAUGUAGAUGAGGGAAUCAGUAGCCUGUUCAGCUCCCUCAAGGUGGUCCGGCUGCUCCGUCUGGGUCGCGUGGCCCGCAAACUGGACCACUACAUCGAGUAUGGCGCUGCCGUGCUGGUGCUGCUGGUGUGCGUGUUCGGCCUGGCCGCCCACUGGCUGGCCUGCAUCUGGUUCAGCAUUGGCGACUACGAGGUCAUCGACGAGGACACCAAUACAGUGCGCAUCGACAGCUGGCUCUAUCUGCUGGGCGAGACCGUGGGCACACCGUACCGCUUCAACGUCUCCGGCUCCGGCAAGUGGGAGGGAGGACCCGAUAAGGAAUCGGUCUACAUCACCUCCCUCUACUUCACCAUGACCAGCCUCACCAGCAUCGGAUUCGGGAACAUCGCACCAACCACCGACGGCGAGAAGAUCUUUGCAGUGGCCAUGAUGAUGAUCGGAUCGCUCCUGUACGCAACCAUCUUUGGUAACGUGACCACCAUCUUCCAGCAGAUGUACGCCAACACGAACAGGUACCACGAGAUGCUGAACAGCGUCAGGGACUUCCUGAAGCUCUACCAGGUGCCCAAGGGCCUGAGUGAGAGAGUCAUGGACUACAUCGUCUCCACCUGGUCCAUGUCCAGAGGAAUAGAUACUGAAAAGGUCUUACAGAUCUGCCCGAAAGACAUGAGAGCGGAUAUCUGCGUGCACCUCAACAGGAAGGUGUUCAAGGAGCACCCUGCCUUCCGGCUGGCCAGCGACGGCUGCCUGCGGGCCCUGGCCAUGGACUUCCAGACGGUGCACUCUGCCCCUGGUGACCUCAUCUUCCACGUGGGUGAGAGUGUGGACAGCCUCUGCUUCGUGGUGUCCGGCUCCCUGGAGGUUAUCCAAGAUGACGAGAUCGUCGCCAUUCUCGGCAAGGGGGAUGUUUUUGGGGACAUCUUCUGGAAGGAGGUGAAUCUGGCCCAGUCCAGCGCUAAUGUGAGAGCCCUGACCUACUGCGACCUCCACAUCAUCAAGCGGGAUGCUCUGCAGAAGGUGCUGGAGUUUUACACUGCUUUUUCCAACCACUUCUCCCGCAACCUGGUGCUGACGUACAACCUGAGGAAGAGGAUGAUCUUCCGGAAGAUCAGCGACGUUAAGCGUGAGGAGGAAGAGCGGCUGCGGAGGAAGAAUGAGGCCCCCCUGAACCUGCCCCCCGACCAUCCCGUACGGAAGCUGUUCCAGCGAUUCCGGCAGCAGAAGGAGGCGCGGCUCGCAGCGGAGCAGGCGGCCAAAGAGGAGCUCGACCUGGAGAGCGGCACGCUCCAGGUCCUCAAGGACGAGGGUCACGACGUCGUCGCCACCACCAGCCUCGUCACCGUGACGGAGAGCCCCGUCACCUCCGUCUCCUCCUCUGCCCCCACCUCCGAGCUCUCCGACUGCGUCAAGCCGCAGACCCCGGCACUAAACUCCUCCAUCAUCUCCGGUGGCAGGAAGUCCACGGAGCCUGCGAAGGGGAAAGGGUGGGGCCGGUUCAAGGAGGCAGUGGUGAGCGGGGAGAACUGGGGCAAGGUAUCCAAAGCCGAGUCUCUGGAAACCCUUCCGGAUAGAACUAAGUUACAGGAAGAGGCCUCCCUGAAGAAGACGGACUCGUGCGACAGUGGGAUCACCAAAAGCGACCUGCGGUUAGACAACGUGGGGGAGGUCCGGAGCCCUCAGGACCAUAGCCCUGUCCAGCCUGGGCUGAAGCACGUCUUCUACCCCAUCCCUGAACACACCAUCCAGGCUUCCUUCCAGGAGCUCAAGCACGAACUCAAAGAAGACAUCAGUGCCCUCAGUAACCGGAUGGCCGCCCUCGAGAACCAGCUGGCGGAAAUGCUCCGGAUACUCAGAUCGAGGAAAGGCGCGGCUUCCCCCGAGCACAUCUUUGAAGUAUCACAGCCGGGGUCGCCUGAAUCAGACAAGGAAGACACUUUCUCCUAAUGUCUGUGGGUCUGGACUUCCCAGCAACUGAGUUUACAGGAGCUGGCCCUGAGUCUUGGCUCUCUAACAGGGUAGCAUGCACCCGCUACAUUCUGGGAAAACACUGGAUCACAUGUCCAUUCUCGCUUUCCAGUGACUGAGUAUACAGGAGCGGUUCCUGGAUCCUGGCUCUCUGAUAGGGUAGCGUGCACCUGUUGUAUUCUGGGAAAACACUGGAUCACACGCAAUAGAGCUUGUGCAAAGCAGCAAGUCGACAUUCACAUGAGUGAAUUCACAUGAGGCCACAUUUCGAAAUGAGCUUUUUUUCAGUUUUGCCAUGAAAUUAAUUGACGAUGUGGGGAGUAAUUAGAUUUUUCAGUCAGAAAUGAUAAUUAAAUAGCCAACACUCAGGAUCAUUUUUGACACGCAUGGAAGAGCCAUACUUUUGCUGUUCGCUGACUCCUAAGCCUGAUAAUAAAUAUUCGUUCACCUUUUCAGUGGAAAUAAUUAAAUUAAUGUUGAUGUGUUUUUCUGCACAAAAGUGAUCAUAUCAAUUGAGUAUUUAAGUAAGGAACUAAAGGGUUGCCAGUAUUUUCCAGCACCUUUCUCCCAACCUUAAAGUAUUACUAAUAAGUGUUUGAAGUGUCCUGAAAUUAUAAAGAUCAUUUGUGUUGAUCCUCUGGUUCCCUACACUGCUCUUUUAAAUGUCUUCCAAAACAUUCACCAAAAAAUUAGAAAAUGUUGAAUGGGUUUCCCUGUGACUCUGUCCAGGAUAAAUGAUGGAUGGAUGGAUGGAUGGAUGGAUGGAUGGAGUGUGAAAAUGUCUUAUAGUCCUUAUAAUCUUGCCUUUCCUUACUUUUCACUGACAUCCUUUACGUCUUUUAAUGCAUUUUAAAGCUGACCCUUCACAUAGUCCAUAGGUCAAAAGAUCAAUACAUUGUUUACAUUUCAUUUUUCUCAGAUCGUGAUGACCGUACAUUUUUUUUCCAUAAAAAUGUAUAAAUGAUGCCUAAUAUAUGAUGAUUGGAUGAUAUAUAUUUUAUAUAUUUACGAUGAGUUAGACAUUGUAAAUCAUUGAAUAUUAGAUAUUGAACAACUGCAAUCUGUUUCAUACAUAUGACAGCUAUCAAAUCUUGUAUUUCUUUCAGAAUUUGAGAAUUCGCAUGUUAAAAUGCUCUGUCAAGCAGCUUGAAAUACAUCCAGGGCCUAACACUCAAUUUGACUUUCAGUGUCCAAAGUGAAUCAAUUUGGCAGCUAAGUAGUGCACCAGGAAGGUCCACACUCAGAAUGUGCUUUAAUCAUCAUCGCUUUAUUUCUGUUUUAUUGGCCUUAAAAUAAUUUUACUUUUAUAUCUGGUAAAACAUUCACAAGCUCUUUUAUAUUUUUUAUAUAUCAUAGUAUGAAACAAAUCCGGUAAAAUGUAUACUGUGUUGGAGGCCAGCAGGGGGCGUAGUGGUUAGAGAAAGGCCUGCAGGUGGCAGUUCUCGGGGAGCACUGCUGUUUGUACCUCACCUAUCUGAGCAGAAAUGCUUUGGUAAAGAUGUAUAAAUUGUAUUAUAAAAAUGGUAACCUUGAAAUGAAAAUAUAGCAUAAAAUAUUGUAAAAUGAAUAGGAAGAGUUAUAUAAUGAAAGUGAAGAGUGUGAUUGUGGUGUAUGGUUGUGUGGGGUUAAGGAACAGCCACCUUACAAUGCGUGAGGCUUUAUAUCAAACUGACUGAUAUUAAUGGUCUGAGGUUCCACACAUAACAACAUGCAGCCGUAAAGUCAGUAUUUCUUGAUGGGAAGUACAGUUUUGCAGUUUGGGGAAAUUGAUUCUGAGGGAUCAUUUGUAUUGUUUCUUGCAUGUCUGAAAAAGGAAUGAAACUAAUAAUAAAUGACUUCUUUACGUCAUAA